GUGAAGCUCCUCCACAGGUCACACUCUGACCAUCAGCAUCAUUUAAUGUUUUGUCUGAAAUUUAACUUGCAGCAUACAUACUGUGUCCAGUGAUGUACCAGAGCCGUGCAGGUUGUUAAUAAAAGAAGAAACUGUCCUAUUUUGUUUGCCAAGAACUUUUCCUUUUGCUGAGUUAUCAAAAGAGGUAUUGUGUAUCAUUGACGGCAAAAAUUAAUUUUUACUUUCGUACUUGAGUACAUUUCAGACCCUGUACUUACUUACUUUUACUUGAGUAAAGGACUUGAAUCAGUAUGUUACAUCAACUUUUACUAGAAUAAUUUCUUUACACAACUAUCCAUCCACUGAGACCAAGAUCAUGUAAAGUCUCCUGAUAGUUGUGGAGCUAUUUUUGUGUAUGUCCGUGUGGACAAGCCACACCUACCAGCACCAUGUUUACUUCACAAUAUGUUUGAAACCUGUACAGAAACCCAGAGAACAUCGUCACUCAAUCCAAAGAGAUAUCCUCUCACCCAACGGACGACUGGGCAUCCAACUGUCUAACUGCUUAAAUCUCCAGACUGUUAUUAAUGUAUUCUUUCUUUUACAGCAAAUGUUAGCUGGUGAACUGGAGCAGCCAGAGAAAACCUGUACAGAAACCCGGAGAACAUGGCCGCUCCACUCAGGUGACAGUUAGAACCACUGAGCCGUCGUACUAUCAGCUGCGACAGCAUCGUCAGAGACGCUGUCCUCCACUCGUCAGAGUUUGAAGAGCUUGGUGAAUCUUUCCCACAAUGAUCUCAAACUACUGGUUCUUCUCACCGGCUUCUCACAAAAUCAUCGACUCAUCAAACCUCUCAAGUUGUUUCAGGUUUGCAGUCCAGGUUCUGCUCUCGCUCACCAUGGCCUGUAAUUCCUCCUCAAUCGUCUCAUCGCCGUCCUUGACGAUGUCUUUCAGUUGGACACGUUCAGCUUUGAGCUCUGCAGUCUCCUGGUUGUCUGAGUCAUAGAGGUGAAUCAGUCCGUCUCAGCAGCUGAACGUGCUCCUGAGCUGUAAACACAUGUUGGGUUGAGCCAUCAGCUUGGCUCAGCUGCUUGUUGCUCUCGUGGCUCCUCACGUCUCUGAGUUUGUUAGAAAUAGUCAUGUAAAAUGUUCACAGCUAUAACCACCGAGUACUGCUUAGUGUUGGAACAUUCUGGAACAUUUCAGAACAUCAAAGGACAUCAGAGGACAUCAAAGGACAUCAAAGGACAUCAAAGGACACUCCAUUCUAAAGUUUAAAUCUAAAUGUUUUUAUUUGAAACAGAAUUAAAUUUUGUUCCUAAAACCUAAAAUCUGUAUUUUCACCUCAUUUACAAACUUUUUAAAGAAUUGCUGACCCUCGCCGUUUCUUCAUCGAUGCUAAAUCAUGGACAGAUGGAAAGAUGUUCUAUCCACCAGGCCAACAUCUACAAGUUAAGACUCCCUCCUCUCCAGUCAGCUGCCUCGCUACAGGUUUCUACCCUCACAGAGCCUCACUCGUCUGGAAGAAAGAUGGAGAGGAGCUUCAUGAGGAGGUGGACCACGGAGAGAUCCUCCCCAACCACGAUGGAACCUUCCAGAUGAGUGUUGACCUGAACCUUUCAUCAGUCACACCUGAAGACUGGACCAGGUACGACUGUGUGUUUCAGCUCGCUGGUGUGAAGGAGGAAAUCAUCACCAUCACCGUCCUCGUCACUGCUGCAGUGGUUGUUCUUGCUCUCAUUCUCAUUGGUGCUGCUGGAUUCAUUGUUUACAAAAAGAAGAAAGCUCCUGACAACAGCACAGAGCUCUCUGAGCAGCUGAAUCCAGAGACCUGAAUGACAAACACACUCAGUGAAUCUCCUGGUGUCACUUUAUUUAGCUUUGCUGAACUAAAAGGAAAAAAAUGCUUCUUGCACUGUAAGUAAAGUUACAUAAAAAAGAUUGAUUGACAAGCUGGGACUGUUCUAUGUUUUAUGACUCUGAUUAGUUAUUUUAUUAAUUGUUGUAUUUUGUUUAUCAAUUGCGUAUUUUUGUAUUUUUGUAUUUUUGUAUUUUUGAUCAUUGAUGAAAUUGAUUUUUGAAGCAGCAGGAGGUUAUCUCUCAUUUUGGAGAGACCUCUUUAAGUUAUACUUAUGACUUUGAGUUAAGCAGCAUCCAACAGACCUUUUCCUGUUCUUUUUGUAAAACCUGCACAUAAAUAACUUGCAAUUUUACCAAAAACAUUUAUGUUGCUUCCAUUUUCCCCACGAGCUGGGUCGUAACAGUCUAACUCUAACUUUACAACUUGUACAUCUGUUUAUAGAAAACAUAUACAGUAAUAAUGUAGUUAGGCACGUUGUAGUGGUGACGUUUAAGUCAUGUGACCGUGAUAUUGUCUGUUAACAGCCUAACAUUAUUAGAACCAGGGCGAUGCUAACUUCAGGGUUAGCCUCCAAAAAUAUGUUAAUGCAUCUUUUUGUGCUGAUGUUUGUCUUUUCAAUAAAAUCCUCACAUUUUAAAAAAUUUGUUCCACAUGCUCAUUUUUGACGACACUUCAAUAUAUUACCUGAACAUUCAGUAUUCUCACAGAGGAUUUGAAUGAGGAGAUUGAUAUCAGUGUGAACUCUGAGCAGAGUUAGCUCCCAGACAAGGUUAGCUUAGCUUAGCAUGAACACUGAGGUUAGA